AUGAAGUUAGAGCCACUGCACCUCGGUUGUAUCUGGGAGAAAGCCAUGUUUGCCGCAGCACAUGUGCCUAAAAGCACGACCAUAUUUUACAGGUUUCUAUGCCCCAGCCAUCGGAAAAUUGUCCGAGAUUGCGUCCUUAUUGCAGGUUUCACGAAACCCCGGUUGUCUAAAUGCUCUGCUGGGCAACUUCCUCGCAGAAUGGCCUCAUCCAGCGUAAAACUUUCGAUGACAUCUUCGCCUACUAAGUCGAGGUCAAAGCCGUCGGUGCCUAGGCCUAGUUCAAGCGUAAUUCUCGUGUCUCCUAAGAAUGAGAUUCUUCUCCUUCACCGUGUCAAAACCUCGACAUCGUUUGCGUCAGCCCACGUCUUCCCUGGGGGAAACCUCUCUAAACAGGAUGGACCUUGUCCUCCUUCUAAGGACCCCAAAAGCCACGACGACGGUCCCUGGUACCGACAUGCAGCACUCCGAGAACUCUUCGAAGAAAGUGGAAUCCUACUAGCCAAGGACCAGGCCACUGGGAAGAUGUUAGUUGUCCCGGAAGAGGAGAGAGAAAGAGGCCGACGGUCGAUUCACAAGUAUGAGACGACCUUCUCUGAAUGGUUGAAAAAGCAGAAUCCUGCGGCGAUUCCUGAUACAGAGCAACUGAUCCCUUUCACGCGAUGGAUCACCCCUACGAAUGCACCGAAGCGGUACUCCACGCAGAUGUACCUGUACUUACUCCCUUUGCCUCUAGAAUCGGAGAAGCCGCUUCUGGAUGAACUCCCUCUGGAAGGAGAGCGAGAGGAGAUCCAAGUCCCGUCAAGCGACGGCGGGAUUGAAGUCACCGAAGCCAUGUUCUUGCCUGCUUCGGAAUGGCUUCGCAUGGCUCGUCAAGGAGAGAUCAUACUAUUUCCCCCGCAAUUUCUCCUGCUCCAUCUUGUGGCUCAAUUCUUGGAUAUCGAGCCCCAUUCAACGAGUUAUAGCCUGGACGAUUUGCAAAACCAACGAACCAAGUUAAUCGACUUUGUACAUUCAGGUAGUCCCCCAUGGACUGAGAAAUGCAUAUCUCCCAAGAUGCUCAAAAUGACAUCUGAUAACCGGACAGUCCUGGGCUUGGAUCAUCCUGGACCGGAACUGAAAGAUACUGACCGACGAGGCGACCCUGACAGGGUUGUCCUGGUGCAGUUCACUCAAGGAUCUACUCGAAAUUUAGACGUGCGACGGAAGAAGGAGGUAUUCUCCGGUCAUCAAGAAAAGAAAAGCCAUCUGUAG